CUCCUCCUUUUUGCAGAACAUUGUAUUCAUGCUCCUCCCUCUCUUCCUACUUUCAGUGAAGCUGAAAACUUCAAACUCUUCUCCCUUCUGUUAAAACUCGAUUGUUCGUUCCCAUUCUCUCACGUUUUUUGAAGGGUCACACCCAUGAUAUUUUCUGCCUCGAGCAGAAGCCUGCAUAAACUUCCUGUAUGUCUCCCCCCUCUGAGCUUCACUGUACCCUCCUCCACUUCCCCCUCUGACCUCCCCUCCCUCUCUUCAGCUCAGCCUCUCUCUUCCUGAGCUCACUCUGUCGUUGGCGUUCGCGUUGACUGGCCAGAGUCCGCGAGCUGAACACCCUCAUCUUCAUUUGAUCCGCCGCCUUCCUCUGUCUCUGCCUGUUCCUCUCUUCUUUCUCUCUUUCUUUCUCUCCCUCUCCAUCUCUGCAGCUAUUCACCCGUUCAUCUCAGUUCAGCCCUCAGGACUUUCUAGACUGUUAUCUCUCACCAGCCACUGGUUCCUCAAGCCACUUCCUGGUCUGCUUCAAACAUCUGAUUGGCCAUGGCGUACCACAGCUUCCUGAUGGAACCAAUUAGCUGCCAUGCCUGGAAUAAAGAUCGUACCCAGAUCGCCCUGUGCCCCAACAACCACGAGGUCCACAUCUACAAGAAAGAUGGGACAAAGUGGAGCAAGAUCCACGAGCUGAAGGAGCACAAUGGGCAGGUGACAGGCAUUGACUGGGCUGCAGACAGUAACCGUAUAGUUACUUGCGGCGCAGAUCGUAACGCCUACGUGUGGACCCUAAAAGAGGGUGCGUGGAAGCCCACCUUGGUCAUCCUCAGGAUCAACCGUGCCGCUCGGUGUGUGAAGUGGUCGCCACGGGAGAACAAGUUUGCUGUGGGCAGCGGCUCACGUCUCAUCUCCAUCUGUUACUUCGAGAAGGAAAACGACUGGUGGGUGUGUAAGCACAUCAAGAAACCGAUCCGCUCCACCAUCCUCAGUCUGGACUGGCAUCCCAACAAUGUCCUGCUGGCUGCUGGAUCCUGUGACUUCAAGUGCAGGGUCUUCUCAGCCUACAUAAAGGAGGUGGAGGAGAAGCCCGGUCCCACUCCCUGGGGUAGCAAGAUGCCGUUCGGGGAGAUGUUGUUUGAGUCCGGAGGCUCUGGAGCGGGUCAGGCUUUGGGUGGAGGCGGGUGGGUGCACAGUGUGUGCUUCUCAGACUCCGGCAACCGCCUGGCAUGGACAUCACAUGACUCCACUGUGUCUGUCGCAGAGGGAGGCAAGACCGGCACGGUGAACAGUCUGAGCUCUGAGACACUCCCUCUGCUCUGUGUCACCUUCAUUACUGAGAACAGCUUAGUAGCAGCUGGCCACGACUGUUACCCGGUGCUGUUUGUGUACGACGGCGCCAAAGGCAGCUUGACAUUUGGUGGCAAGCUGGAUGUUCCUAAGCAGGCGGCCCAGAAGGGCAUCAGUGCCAGGGAACGUUUCCAGAACCUGGACCGUCGGGCCUCUGAGACCCAGACCACCGACAAGAGCCUGAACACCCUGCACAAGAACAGCAUCAGUGAGAUCUCAGUGCUGGAAGGAGGACGAAACCAGUGCACCAAGUUCUGCACCACUGGCAUGGAUGGAGGAAUGUGCAUCUGGGAUGUCAAGACUCUGGAGUCUGCAAUGAAGAACUUGAAGAUAGUCUGAGCUGAAGUUUACUCAAACAAAGCAUAUUAGCUUCAGGAGUUAUGAAGAAAAAUGCUGCCUUAUUACCCAAAGCUUCUUGGCCUUAUUUUAAUCAGGUAUUUUUUAUACACAAGUUAAACGAUCAGACUUGGGUCGUACAGUCUUUGUAAUCCCUCUGAAGCUCUUUGCUGAGCUUUCCAAACUCAGCAAUGCACACAGAGGGACUGACCACAGGUCUGCAAAAGGUACUUAAUGAGUUAGAUUAGUGUGAUCACAGAGAGCUCAGUCUGAACUGAAUGCUUAAACAGGAUUUUUCUAUUAAUCACAAUGAAAGGCUACAGAAUUUGUUAAAGCUUAUGCUGGUCAUAAUAUGCAUUUAUGUAAUAAAUGAUUGCUGUUACGGCGCUCA